AUGCCGCGCGAGAUUAUUACGCUGCAAGUGGGCCAAUGUGGUAACCAGAUUGGCUCACAGUUCUGGGAGCGUUUGUGUGAGGAGCACGGCAUCUCGGAGAAUGGCACGCUGCGCAGCGCGGAGAAGCAGGAGCGUGCAGACGACCGCAAAGACGUGUUCUUUUACCAGGCGGACGACGACCACUAUGUCCCCCGCUCUGUUCUGGUCGACCUCGAGCCGCGGGUCAUUAAUAAUAUCAUGGCGAGCAAGUACCGGCAUCUAUACAACCCCGAAAAUGUGUUCCAGAGCGAGAGUGGCCAAGGCGCCGGAAACAACUGGGCGAAAGGACACACGGCCGGCGAGGCGGCCAAGGAAGAGAUGCUCGAUAUGCUGAACCGCGAGGCGGACGGCAGCGAUAUUCUUGGCGGCUUUUUCAUGCUCCAUUCGAUUGCCGGUGGUACCGGCUCGGGUAUGGGCAGCGCGCUGCUCGAGCUGCUGAGCGACCACUUUGCGAAGCAGGUCGUGCAGACCUACAGCGUCUUCCCGAACUCGGAGGAGUUUUCUGACGUGGUUGUGCAGCCGUACAACUCGGUGCUGACCAUGAAGCGGCUCGUCGACCACGCCGACAGCGUCGUGGUGCUGGACAAUGCGGCGCUGAACCGCAUCGCGACCGACCGCCUGCACUCGCAGGCGCCGACGUACGACCAGACGAACCAGCUGGUGAGCACCGUGAUGGGCGCAUCGACGACCACGCUGCGCUUCCCUAGCUACAUGAACAACGACCUGACCGGCAUCCUCGCGUCGUUGAUCCCCUCCCCCCGCGCGCACUUCCUCACGACCUCGUAUACGCCAUUUACCUCGGAUAAUGUCGAGCGCGGAAAGUCGACGAUGAAGACGUCCGUGCUCGACGUGAUGCGCCGCCUGCUCCAGCCCAAGAACCGCAUGGUGAACAUGGCCGGCGCGAGCAAGGACGCGUGCUACCUGUCCGCGCUGAACAUUAUCCAGGGCGACGUCGAUCCCCGCGACGUGCACAAGAGCCUGCUGCGCAUCCGCGAGCGGAAUCUCGUGCGGUUCGCGCCGUGGGGGCCGGCGAGCAUCCAGGUCGCGCUCGCGCGGCGCAGCCCGUACGUCGAGAGCUCGCACCGCGUGAGCGGCCUGAUGCUCGCAAACCACACCGGCAUCGCCGCGAUGCUCCGGCGGACCACGCGGCAGUACGACAAGAUGAUGAACCGCCGCGCGAUGAUUCACGUCUACGAGCGCGAAGGCAAUUUCCAGAAGGGCCUCCCGGAAUUCGACGAAGCACGCGAAACGGUCGCACAGCUCAUGGACGAAUACGAAGCCGCCGAGAAGGAAAACUACCUCGCAGGGCCCGAUGCGUAG